AUGGCUAGCACCACCCCCGAGGCCACAGAGCUGCCGGCCGUCCAAUCAAAGGAGGCCAAAGAGGAAGAGACGCGCAAUGAAGAGGAUUUCUUCCGUCAGAACGGGCUUGCUGUCGAAGCUGAGCUCGAGGCAGUAGCCGAGCGACUGAGUGCUCUCGGCUUCGGUGACUUUCCCAGCCGCAAGCCCCUCAUCGACCUCACAGGCGACGAGCACAUGUUCGGUGGCGCUUCACGAUGCAGCGAGUACGGCUUGGCAACUACUGAUUGUGAUCGCCCCCUCAAGAAGGCGACCGGUGUCCGUCGAAAGGCUUCCCCUGCGGACGAUGAGGACGACGUCACAAUCACCAUCAAUAGACCGCCGCCGACAGACGAUGAACCUACUCCUGGUCCCCGAAGUGUUUCCAUCGUGGCGGAUUUCAACUUCACUCCUAGGGCAAUCAGAUCUCAGUCCACCAAGGACAAAGCCGACGGCACGAACGCGUCUACUGCCAACGCUCUCUACAGCGUCGUCGCUGCCUCGAAGCCGUCGCCUUUCAAGCUCAAUCCUGCUGCAAAGACGUUUGAGCCAAAGGCAGAAGCUGUGUCCUUGGUCAGUGAGCCGACGCGCUCGCCUCAGCGAGCUACCAGCUAUGCUGCGGUACUUGGCCGUUGCUGUCCUGCAGCGAAGGAAUAUGCUCGUAAGGAGUAG